CAUUGCGGUGCGAGCGACCAGCUAUAGACGCGACAGAGCGGAUUCAGAUUCACAGCGUUAUGAUGACAGAGGAAACAGCACAGAGCACAACGCCCAUCUUCGAAAAACCACAUGUCACCAACGUUGACGAUGGCGCAGAGGAGGGCGAAAAAAAGACACAAAAGAACGCGUCAAAGUGGACGGUAAAGGGAGAGGAGCCGAAAUCGUGGCCUCUGGGCGAUACUGUGUUAGAUAUACACGAAAGAGAUCCGAAUAUGAUAAACCAAUAUGCUAAGACCUUAUUCGGAGACAUUUUCGCAGAACCAGAACCAACAACAUUCAGUUUCGACGCAAUAUGGCGGCUUAGUUUUACGGUGUUCACAGUGAGCGAAGGUGUGGUGAUUUAUCGAUACUCAGGCGCUCUCUCGACUCCGGCGGGUGGCCGCGUUUGGCUGGGGAUUCUACUUGCAAUGCAUGUCCCGUAA